GAAAUUAGGGUUUUAGUAUUUUAGUGAGUGGUCUCUUCUUCUACAUUGUUUGCAGCUUCUUUGAUCGACUGAGAGAAUCCAAAGCUUUAACAACCAUGGGAAGCGAAGACAUGAUUGACCACCUUAACGACGAAGAGGAAGAGGAGGAGUUCAACACACCAGAACCUCUAGAGAAGAAGCAAAGGAAAGGGAAGGAGAUUGCAACAGAAACAGAACCAGAAACAGAGGAUCAAAACAGAGACAAGAAAAUCAGACUCAAGGUGAAACAAAUCCGUGAGAGACCCGAUAGAAUCUCUCCUAUCGUCGCUUAUUUCUCUACAAGCUACGAUCCUUGCGAGGUAGAUCCAGAAACGGGCGAGAAAGUUCAUGAAACUCCAAAAGUUACUGUUUACAAGCAUAAGGAUGAGACGAAGAAGAGGCUUCAGGUUGUGGUAAGCCCUCCUGGCGCGAACGUGGAGUUCGUGGGAACGAAUUACACUGGGGAGCAAGCGGCUAUGCAGACUACUGCUUAUGCAUUGGGUGUCGUCAAUAGAGAGAAGAAGACGAUCAGGAUUUUUCCGGUUGCGCACAAUAAGAUAAUAAGAUUGGAGCCAAGAAUUAAAACUGAAGAAGCAAAUGAGGAAGAAGCUUCAGACGCAGAACUUAGCAUAAGAGAUCGACUUAGCAAAACUAACCAGAAGUAUAGUACAAAGAAAGUUGUUUCUCGGGAUAAGAAGAAGCGUAACUUAAAUCUGGGAGAUGAUGCCGAGACUCAGAAGUUCCUUGACGGGAAACUUAAUGAACUUGAUAUUAAUACGGGGGCUCUUGAAGGAACCAGUUCUACUGUUGCACGCAACAUUCCUNGUUAG